GGGUAGAGUCCAACCCAUUUGCUGAACGGCUACGAUCGCGGGUCUGGAAUACGGACGUUACGAAGGGAACUCCAAGGUUUCGCCGAGAGUCGGCGCGAGGGUCUCGGUCUAUGUAAAACCAGCCAGUCGCAGCACGCGAGUCCCAGCGAGACCGCCGGAGACGCGCUGCCAUGACCACCCGCAUCGCUCCCGGCGUGGGAGCCAACCUUCUCGGCCAGCACUCCGCCGAGAGGAACCAAGACGCCACCACGUACGUCGGCAAUCUCGACCCCCAGGUUACUGAGGAGCUACUAUGGGAAUUAUUUGUCCAGGCAGGUCCUGUUGUUAAUGUCUAUGUUCCAAAAGAUAGAGUUACGAAUCUUCAUCAAGGAUAUGGAUUUGUGGAGUUUCGGAGUGAAGAAGAUGCAGAUUAUGCUAUCAAGAUUUUGAACAUGAUCAAACUGUAUGGAAAGCCAAUACGCGUCAAUAAGGCUUCCCAAGACAAGAAAAGCUUGGAUGUGGGAGCAAACCUUUUUAUUGGUAAUCUUGACCCGGAUGUAGAUGAGAAACUUCUUUAUGAUACAUUCAGUGCAUUCGGAGUUAUUGUGACUAAUCCUAAGAUAAUGCGAGAUCCUGAAACUGGGAAUUCACGAGGUUUUGGCUUUAUUAGCUAUGAUUCUUUUGAGACAUCUGAUGCAGCAAUAGAGGCUAUGAAUGGUCAAUACCUGUGUAACCGGCAAAUUACAGUUUCCUAUGCAUAUAAAAAAGACACUAAAGGAGAACGUCAUGGCACUCCAGCAGAGCGUAUUCUAGCUGCAAGCAACCCAGGAGCUCAGAGGAACCGGCCACACACCCUAUUUGCAAGUGGACCACCAACACUCCCCAAUGGUCCUCAGGCAAAUGGUGCCGCCGGUGCACCAAUUCCUCCGCGACCUUAUGCCAAUGGUGCAGUGCCACCGAGCCAGAUGCCACCGGUUCGGCCUCCACCACCAAUGGGGCAGUUUCCACCCCCCAUGCAGAUGACAGGGCCGCCAUCAUGGCCUGGUCAACCACAACCAUCCAACCAGCACAUUCCACCACCUACCAUGCCGCCGCCGCCGCCACUGCAGCAGUUUAGGCCUCCAAUGCAACCUCCACCAUCCGGUUUGCAACCUCAUCCACCUGCAGGCAUGGUAAGGCCACUGCCGCCACCUUCUGGGGUAGGCAUGCCGCCACCGGCUAUGUGGAGGCCACCCCCACCACCUCAGCAUGUUGGUGCAAGACCGAUGCCUAUGCUUCAGAUGUCCAUUCCACCGCCGCCGCCACCAAAUGCUCCACUCCAAGCGGCACCUGCUGCUCCAAAUCCUACAGGAUGAGUUGUCAGACGUACAGGCUGGUGGAAUUAUCAUGCGCCUUUGGUCUACUUUGCGCAUGCUGUGUGGCUAUACUAAUGAAAGUUUUAUGCAACUGAAAUAUGUGGGAGAGCCUGAUGAACAGAGGUGUAAAGUGUGUGAGAAUUUUUUGGCUUCUGUCUUGUAGGAGAACCAUAUGCGAGUGAUGGAUGGUGUCAAGAUCUAUAAACCCUUGGUAACAUGUUCAAGUGAUGAUGUGACGGUAUGAUGAAGAUUCGAGGGUCACUAAUGCUAUUAAAAAAACAAACAAAAAAAAAUUUGCUGGUUUUGAAUUCA